GUUGCGUGGUGGGCGGCGCCGCCGGGUGCCGUCAGUCGGCGUGCAGCUGCCGCGCCGCGAGGACACGGCGCCAACAUGAGGACUCCGGGAGCAGGGCGGUGCGUGGCGGCGCUGGGGGUGUGGCUGGCGGCGACGGCGGUGGCGGUGGCGCUGCCCAGAGCGAGCAGCAUCGUGCCGCAGGAGAGGGCCAGCAAGCGCAUUGCAGAAUCUUCCAGCGUCUUCUCCGUCGAGCUCAUUCGGACGGUGCUGGGGCAGUCCGGGGGCAACACGGUGGUGUCGCCGCUGAGCGUGUCGGCCAUGCUGGCCAUGGUGGCGCAGGGCGCCGGCGGCAACUCGAGCGCGCAGCUGGAGCACGCCCUGCGCGCCUCGGCCCAGGAGCUGCGCGACGGCUACAACGUCAUCGUGCACAGCCUCAAGAACCGCAAGACGAAAUCCGCGCUGGAGUUCGGCAACUCCGUGUUCGUGAGCAACGAGCUGCAGGUGAUGCCGAAGUUCAAGGAGGAGCUGUACAAGAGCUUCCUGGCGAGCAUCGAGCCAACCAACUUCAAGGCGCCGGAGCAGGCGGCGCGGCGCAUCAACCGCUGGGUGGCGCAGGCCACGCGCGACCGCAUCCCCGACCUCAUCCACCCCGCUGCCAUCCGGCCGCGCACGGAGAUGGUGUUGGCGAACGCCAUUUUCUUCCGCGGCGUGUGGCUGCGCACCUUCAACGUGAACAAGACGUACAGCGCGCCCUUCAGCCCCACGCCCAGCACGCGAGUGAAGGCGCCCUUCAUGCACCAGAUCGGGCGCUUCCGCGGCGGCGAGGACCCCACGUUGGGCGCCAAGUGGGUGGAGCUGCCCUUCGACGGCGAGGAGUUCUCGAUGGUGCUGGUGCUGCCAAGCGAGCGGCACGGGCUGGACGCGCUGCUGACGCGGAUGACGUCGCAGCACCUCACCAACAUGCUCAACACGCGCACCUCCAAGCAGGUCAUCCUCAACCUGCCGCGCUUCCGCCUCGUCUCCGCCAUCUCGCUGGUGUCCGCGCUGCAGGCGAUGGGAAUCACGGACAUCUUCAACGCGAAGUCCGAUUUAUCGGGCAUCACAACCAACAGUCAGGCUCUCCUCGUGUCGGACAUCAUCCACAAGGCGCAAAUUGAAGUGAACGAAGAAGGCAGCUCCGCAUCGGCAGCUUCGGCUGUGCUGGUGAACACGCUCAGCCUCAACUCGUUUAUGGACGACUUACCCUUCAUGGCGGACCAUCCGUUCCUCGCCAUUAUUUUGGACAGGGUAAACUCCCUCCCGCUGUUCGCGGGGCGGGUGUCCAACCCACUGGCGUAACGAAGGGCGUUGGGUGCAGCGCGGUGGCGCUGCUCGGCUGUCUACUGUGACGCGAACUUCGCGAUUCAGCCGGUCCCCUGAACGCUGCCCGCUCAGUGUGUGCACUUUGGGCGGUUCCAACAGCACGGCCAAUGCCUUUAUCCUCUUAUUCCCAGUGAUUAGCCUUGAAGAAAAGUUGUGAAGACAGAUGUUUCAUAUUGUGAGCACUGUGAUAAUCACUUACAAACACGUGAAUACAGCAUGAAAAUAUUGUGUAAUGUAUUUCGUUCCAAUUAUCAUUUCUCAUAUUUAUGAUAUUUCUCACAUGAGAUUUGUUAUUAUCUAAGUUAUUUUUAUGCCAACUAGAAAAAAAAUUUAUAUUUUUUUAAAACAUUGUUUUAACGAUUCAUGCCAGCAAUACUCUGCUGAAAUUAUUUACAGACUUCAUUUUAAAAUUUUUUAAAAGCAAUAUCCCGUCUUCAAACCAUUGAAAUUUUUUUUACACAUUUAAAGAUUAGGUAUAUCUUUUUCUUUUAUUGUGAAGAUGGAACUGUUUGAGGUAUAUGUGCUAAAUUGUAUUGUUUAUUAAAUAUUUAAAACAA